UCAUUUUUGCAGAAACAACAACAACAACAACAGAGAUAACCACCACAGCUAGUUCAACUGCCAUUUCCACAACUAAAGAAUCAACUACAACAACAGGGCCAGGCACCACAACUGAGAUGACUGCCAGUUCCACAACUGGAACAACAACAACACUGCCCCCAACUACAACUUCCUCUACUUCAGCUACCACAACAGAAACCACAACAUCAUCAGAGACGACCACCACAGCCAGUUCUACUGCCAGUUCCACCACUGAGGUUCCUUGCAAUGGAAUGUGGUCUGAGUGGAUUAAUGACAUGCAUCCAUCUGUUAACCAAAAGCACGAUCGUGAAAAAUUGGGCCCAAUUCGAAAUGUGUGUAAAUCUGCUGUAAACCGGAUAACAAAUAUUCAAUGUGAAGCUCUCAAGUUUCCUGGGUAUCCAAUUAGUAAAACCAAUGAUACAGUAACAUGUGAUUUAGACAGCGGAUUGAUAUGCCACAGACCAGCUAGUGGCGCCCUUACAUGUUUGGACUAUAGAAUUAGAGUUUGCUGUGAACCAGUUGAAACAACAACACUUCCAACCAUGACAACGUCUGUCUCCAGAACUACUACACCUGAAACAUGUUACUGUAAUUCAGACCCACCAAGAAAGUGCAAUGAAACGUGGCAAGAGAACUGUGACACCAUUACUUGUGUUAUAGCACAAACAUAUGAAAUUACGAAGGUGCCCUGUUCAGUCCCUGUGAAACCUACAUGUUAUAGUGGCUUAGAACCCAAAAGUGUCCCAACUAAAGGUGGCUGCUGUUCAACAUGGGACUGUGACUGUGAAUGUCAAGUAUGGGGGGAUCCACAUUAUCGUACCUUUGAUGGGCUGUUCUAUAACUUCUUUGAAGAUUGCACAUAUGUUCUUGUACAAGAAAAAGUUCCAAGAUACAAUUUCUCCGUGAUACUUGAUAAUUAUUACUGUAAUCGAAGAUUCCUGUCCUGCCCCAAAUCAUUCAUUAUUAACUACAACAGACAUAUCAUCAAUUUUUCAACUGAAAGAAAAAGCAGGCUUAUGGUAACUGUCAAUGAAGUAGAAGUGAGUUUUCCAUAUCAUGCAGAAGAAUUUAAUAUUACAAAAAAUCACAAGACAGUUACCAUUUAUAUACCUGGUAUUCGAACCACAAUCAUUGGUCAAAAAAACAACUUCAGGAUUAGAGUACCAGAACAGUACUUCUUAGAUAAUAUCCAAGGACAAUGUGGUUCUUGUUCUAGAAAUAUAAAGGAUGAAUGUGUGAGAAGGAAUGGAAAGAUAGAACCACUUGACUGUUGUCACAAAACUGCGUUUGAUUGGAAAGUCAAUGAUCCUAAGAAGCCACAUUGUCAAGCAGCUCCUACAAAUGUGCCUUGUGAAGUGCCUUCUGCUCUCCCACCAUGCGAAUUUGGGAAAACUGUGUGUGAUGCCAUAUCAGGAAAUUCAUUCAAAAAAUGCAAAAACAGGCAAGACCUGACUAACUAUGUCAAGGCAUGUCAGUACGAUCACUGUGCUGUGAAUUCUACAGAGAUGGACUGUACUAGCCUGGAAGCUGCUGCCAUGACCUGUAAUGCAGCUGGGAUAUGUGUUGACUGGAGAGACUCGACAAAUGGAUUAUGCCCAUACAACUGCACAGAAGGUUUUACCUAUAAAGCCUGCGCCAGAUACAAUCACGAUUAUUGUAAGGAUGGUGAGAAGAUACCUGGGGAGAGAUUUGAUGAAUGCACAGAAGGCUGCUUUUGUAAAAAUGGAUUGAUGCUCUCUGAGGAUGGAACCCAAUGUGUUCCUUCAUGUGCUAGAUGCAAAGACUAUGCAGGAAACCUAAGAUAUGAAGGUGAAAGUUGGUCCCAUCCCAAUGAUACAUGCGUCCACUACAGAUGUUCAGGAGGUGUAGUAUCAAAGACACAAAUAACAUGUUCAUCUCGUCCAUACUGUGAUGAGGCUGACAAAACAUGGGACAAAUAUCGUUGCUGCUAUUCCUGUCCUGACAGAUUGAGACGAUGCAAGGUGCAACACAAAAAGAUUGGCAUCAGACAAGGUGGUUGUUCAGCGACCGUUCAGGUGAAAGCAUGUGAAGGAAAUUGUGACUCGUCUGCUAUAUUUGAUCCCAAAAUAAAUGGCAUGAAACACAACUGUAACUGCUGCCAGGAAAAAGAAACUGAGAGAAAAGUAACACAGCUGAAAUGCCGCAAUGGAAAACCUCGAUUCUACACCUACAUUUCUGCUAAAUCAUGCAGCUGCCAAAUCUGUAAAGGUGAAGGCGAAAUGUUGUGAACUCAAGUCUUCUUAACUGAAUGUAAUUUGUGCAACAAAUGUAAUUAUUAAAAUCUGAAAUGUUUUUCCUCGCAAUUUCUAUUUGCUUAGUUUUAUUUGAUGAUGAGAUAAGGUUGUGAGAUUUGAUUUCCUCCCAAUUACUACCUUUAAACUGUGGAAUUGUCAACUUUUGUAUGUUGCAAACCUUUCAGUUUUUUGUUUGGCAGCAAAUUUAAAUCAAUAAAAUAUUUUCUGCAUGAA